AGAAGCAGUCCAUAAAUCUCCACCAACUCCGCCCCACUUUACGCAUCUUUCCCUCCUCUUCCUCGACCUCGUCCUCUUCUUCGAUUAUUAUUCCCACCAAAUCAAAUCAAAUCCCUCUUUCUCUCUGAAUUGGGGUUAGGGUUUGUGAAGAAGAUGGGCAAGGGGGGAACGCUGAGCGACAACGUCGUGAAGAAGAUCGUCCUCUCCUACACCUACGUCGCCAUAUGGAUCUUCCUCAGCUUCACCGUCAUCGUCUACAACAAGUACAUUCUCGACCGCAAGAUGUACAAUUGGCCCUACCCCAUCUCCCUCACCAUGAUCCACAUGGCCUUCUGCUCCUCCCUCGCCUACCUCCUCGUCCGCGUCUUUAAGGUUGUCGAGCCCGCUGCCAUCUCCUUCGACCUCUACUGCAAGUCCGUCCUCCCCAUUGGCGCCCUCUACUCUCUCAGCCUCUGGCUCUCCAAUUCCGCCUACAUCUACCUCUCCGUCUCCUUCAUCCAGAUGCUCAAGGCUCUCAUGCCCGUCGCUGUCUAUUCCAUCGGCGUUCUCUUCAAGAAGGAGGGUUUCAAGUCCGAGACCAUGACUAACAUGGUUUCCAUCUCCAUCGGGGUCGCCAUCGCCGCCUACGGCGAGGCCAAGUUCGACGCCUGGGGCGUCUCCCUCCAGCUCGGAGCCGUCGCCUUCGAGGCCACUCGCCUGGUGAUGAUUCAGAUUCUCCUCACCUCCAAGGGCAUCACUUUGAACCCUAUUACUUCUCUUUAUUACGUUGCGCCUUGUUGCUUGGCUUUCUUGUUUGCGCCGUGGCUUUUCGUGGAAUACCCCUUGCUGAAGGAGACCUCAAGCUUUCAUUUCGAUUACAUGAUUUUCGGGACCAAUUCGUUCUGCGCCUUCGCCCUAAAUUUGGCCGUGUUCUUGCUGGUUGGGAAGACCUCGGCCUUGACCAUGAAUGUGGCCGGAGUGGUGAAGGAUUGGUUGUUGAUUGCCUUUUCGUGGUCGGUGAUUAAGGACACUGUUACGCCUGUGAAUUUGGUUGGAUACGGGGUUGCUUUCUUGGGCGUUGCGUACUACAAUCAUUCCAAGUUGCAGGCGCUGAAGGCGAAGGAGGCGCAGAAGAAGGCUGCCCAAAGGGACGAGGAGUCCGGGAGGUUGUUGGAGGAUAGGGAAGGGGAAGAUAUGGGGAGGAAGAACGAAUCUCAGAGUUGAUUUGAUUGCUAAUUUGAAUUUUGUACUACAGGAUUGGAAGGAAAGGGAAGAUUGCAAUUGGCAAAUUCGAGACGAGAUGAAGAAUUCCCUUAAACAGGAGUUGCAAACCUAGCAUUUCUAAUCAACUACAGGCAGGAUUCGUUUUGGCUAUAGUUAAUGGCAGGUAGUCAGCAUAUAAAGGGAUGGAUUUUGGGGAAAUAUUUUAUUUGUUAUGUUUGAGAUGGUUUCUCUUCCCCUGGAUUUGGUUCUGUUCCUGAUAAAAUGUGGAUUAGUGUGGCAAUAUGUUUGAAGAAAUAGCUUUAAUGGAAAUGACUCUAAUUAAUAUUACAGGUUGGAGAAACAUAAUUCCUGACUAUGUUUACAAUGAAGCGUCAAGCGCCAUUGAUAAAUGGUCCCCUACGUAAAAUUAUAUAUAUGUAAUAUAUUCUUGUUUAUGCUGACUAUGGUAGAAUUUUAUCUCUUCACGUGUUGCGACUUGUGAAUGCUCUGCUAGCACUUUCUUGGUACUUCAUAUUUCAACUCUCCAAUGCACGUAUGAUUGAGGUUUCCAUAUUUCAAACUUUUCAGUUUGUUGCAGACUUGAAUUUCUUGUGUG